AUGUUUGUCGAUUUAACGCGAGACGAUGAAGACGAGGAUGAAGAUGAAGUGAUUGAGGCACAAGCGCUUUUGAAGAAAUUUACCAAUUCUAAAACUUCGAUUGGUGAAUCAAGAUCUCUCAAGAGGAAGCUGAAUGGGGCAACACCAUCUGUCGAUAUCAAGAGCAAUGGCGUGGACAAUACCAACACCAACACCCAUACUCAUGGCCAGCCUGUUAAGCCAUGGCCCUCAAUCACUGCUGCUGCUUCCCCGCUAUUGAAGGUCAAGGCAGAAUCUAGAUCUGGCACGCCAGCUUACUCCUCUUCCCCCUUCACCCAGUCAUUGCCUCGAAAUCCAGUGCAAGCCCAACUUUCGUUCCCCAAGAUUACACCUCAGUUUGAUUCUACUUAUGUCUCUUCAGUCAGCGAGUCUGAGAGAUCGAUUUCUAGAGAUCAGUCGAUCAAACGCCAAACACGCUCCCCCUCAACUUUCAGUUCCUCCAAUCGUCCGUCUAAUGUGAUGGUGGUUGUACCACCACCACCCACAGCAGCGUCCCCAAAUGGCCUCCUUAAACACAAAGCUGCACAGAAAAUUAAUAGACUGCCUUCGGUAUCGUCAGAGAGCGCUGAAGAAUCGGAUCCUGAUGAGCCCAAGGGAACCAAGUCCAAAUACUACCCGCUGCAGAUGUACGCUAUACAGGCAGAGAAAGGGCGCUAUCCUCAGGCAAGGUCAACGCGGAGGGAGGCUAUCACGCUACCAAUUCGCCCUCGUAGUCAUCCCAAGGUCUUGAAGAGCCAGGGCAAAGCACGCCACUCUCACAAAAUGUAUCUUCGAGCCCUUCUAGAAAAGAAACUUCGCUUGAUCCAAGGACCUCCCGUAACGAUGGCUGCAGACUGGGAUGGGACGGGCAGUUUGGCAUCCAACUUUGAGUUCACAAACUCCUACAAACUCGCGCAGGGCGUUACGCGUGUCCCCGAAGAAUUCAAUGGUGGCUGCCCCUGUGGACUCCAAUGUGACCCGCAAAAAUGCAAGUGUCUAUCGAAAGAAGAGGACUCCGAGGAACUCAUGGUACCUUAUGAAUAUCGGAAUGGGAAAUUGGUCCUAAAAGAGAGUUUCAUCCACAAGAAGACCAUGAUCUACGAAUGCUCGUCCCACUGCAGCUGCACCAAAACCUGCUGGAACCGCCUGGUGCAACACGGCAGAAGCAUCAGACUAGAAAUCUUCCAUACUGGCAGUCGUGGGUUUGGCCUACGCUCCCCAGACUACAUUCAUCGUGGCCAGUUUAUCGACACAUAUCUGGGCGAGGUCAUCACAUCCGCCGAAGCAGAGCUGCGAGAAGAUGCAUCCAGCUCGCAGACUAACCCUUCCUACCUCUUCUCACUGGAUUGGUUCCCCGCGUCGACAAAUGAUGACGACGACGACAAUGAUGCAGAUGAUGAUGACCAGCAAGACUACUACGUCGUAGACGGACAACGAUUCGGCGGACCCUCUCGAUUCAUGAACCACUCAUGCAAUCCGAACUGCAAGAUCUUCCCUGUCUCGACUCACCACGGGGACGAGCGCAUCUACGACCUCGCAUUCUUUGCCCUUCGCGAUAUCCCACCGGGCAUUGAGUUUACAUUCGAUUACAACCCGCAUUUGACCGGCGAGAUCAGUCACGACCCUAGUGCUGUCAAGUGUCUGUGCGGUGAAGCCCAGUGUCGCGGUCAGUUAUGGCCAAAUCAACGCAAGAGUUCAAAUAUUUGA